UGUUGUUCUCGUGCCCGCUGGAAAGAGGUACAUGCUGAUUUUGGCAUUCCAUUAUUGAAAUUUUUAUCAUUAUACAAAUUUUUAUCACAUGCAUACUGAUUUUGGCAAUUCGUUGUGCAGCAUGUUCAAGUAUGGUGACCCGAGGAGGCUCCCGACACGUGAGUACUCGAACAUCCUUGGAGGCCUAAUUAGGAAGCAUUUCCCUGGGAUUGUCAAUCUCCCUAGUGGUGGCCGCGAUGUGGCUUGGACUUGGAAGCACUACAGCUACGCGGAAGAUCCUAGCGGCAAGUGCGCCAACAUGCAAGAGCGGGUUGUCCGCCACUUCUGGAAAUACUUCACGAGGGCUGAGGGCGAGGAAAUUGCGUGCGACGUUAUCUUACACGAGUUGUGCAGGGUGAGGGUGACUGGCAUGCACUACGAGGCACGUGUCCAGUGCGUCCACGACUGGCACGCCGAGCGCAAAGUUUGGAUGAGUAAGGCUGAUUGUCGGGAUACGCUCAUGGCACCGUGGCAGUACCUGCAGAACCCUCCUCAGUACGUCGGGGAAGACAAGGCGUGCUUUCUUGCGAUGGUCGUAUGGUGGACAUCCCCCGAGUACGCCCGGAAGCACGAGGAGGGCAAGCAGAAGAGUUUAGAGAUGGGAGGUGGAUCACAUGUCCUGGGCAGCAAGAACUUGGCCCUUACCUUGCAGCAAGAGGAAGUGAAGACAGGCGUGACACCAAACUUGUUUGGCCUUUUCCAAAAGUCCAAGACCAGGAGGGAGCCGCAUCCUGAAACGGGGUCCGUGUGGGUCAACGGGCUAGCGGAGGCCCAGUGUGGCGCGUACCGCUCGACGUUCAAGGCCAAGCACAGCGAAGACGCCGACCCAACCACCGAAGACUUUGAUGUUGAGGUUGCGGUGCUUGCGGGACAAGGCAAGAAGGGUGGCCGCCUAUGGAUUGCUGACGGGUUAGUCGACCCAAAGACCAUUCCAUCUCUACGCGGAUCCGUCGUGGGCAUCCCCGCGCCUGAUCCGGCUGUGAUGGCGCUCCUCCAGCAAGCGCCAAGUCAGAGCCCGCUGACACCUGGCUUGACUGUCAACAAUACGGGCAUCAUCCGGAGCCUGCAGCAGCUUUCUAGGUGA